AAGAAGCAGGAGCAGCGCUAAAGCGGAAGUAAGUACGUGGCCGGAGCAGCUGACGUUUCUGCACGAUGGCGACUGAGGUUCAGAGCGGCGACCUCAACGGUGGAAAUGCGAGCCGUCUCGAAGUUUCCAUCGACGGUUUGACUCUCAGCCCGGACUCGGAGGGGGAAGCGGAUCACGCGGACGCGCUCGGGACGCACACGGGCGGGCACAGCGCCGCGGAGCCGAGCGGCACCGGCCCGGAGGACGCAGAGCAAAAUGCCGAGAAUUCUGUGGAGCGGAUCUGGGGCUUCCCGUUAGUGGAGCUCUACGGCCUGGCGCUCAGGUUCUUUAAAGAAAAAGAUGGAAAGGCCUUCCACCCUACAUAUGAGGAGAAGCUGCGUCUGGUGGCUCUCCAUAAGCAGGUGUCUCAGGGGCCCUACAAUCCCGAUGCCUCCCCUGAGGUGGGCUUCUUCGACGUGCUCGGAAACGACCGCAGGAAAGAAUGGGCAGCGCUGGGGAACAUUGGGAAAGACGAGGCCAUGGUGGAAUUUGUCAAGCUAUUAAAUAAAUGCUGUACUUUAUUCGCGCCGUUCGUCGCAUCUCACAAGAUUGAAAAAGAGGAGCAAGAGAGGAAGAGGAGGGAGGAAGAGGAGCAGCGGCGCCAAGAGGAGGAGGAACGGGCGCGUCAGUUGCAGGAGGAGGAGCGGCGCCGGAGGGAGGAGGAGGAGAGACUGAGGAGAGAAGAGGAACAGAGGAGGCAGGUUGAGGAGGAGAGACUCCGUGUGGAGCAGCAGAAACAGCAGAUCAUGGCUGCGUUAAACGCGCAGACAGCUGUGCAGUUCCAGCAGUACGCGGCGCAGCAGUACCCGGACAGCCCCGAACAGCAGCUCAUUCUCAUCAGGCAGCUGCAGGAGCAGCAUUACCAGCAGUACAUGCAGCAGCUCUACCAGGUGCAGCUGGCGCAGCAGCAGGCAGCUCUGCAGAAGCAGCAGGAGGACGCUAUAGUCCUGUCCAAAUUAGACGCCAGCGAGACGUCAGCGUCCCCUGUGGGUGAGGAAGCUCCCACGGUGAACGGCCAGGCAGAGUCGUCUACUGACAGCGUCGAUCGAGAGCCAGAGCUGGAGCCUGCAGAGGAGGCCACUGAGAACGGCCCGACAGACUCUCCCCCAGUGAUCGCAGCCCCCUCUAUGUGGACGCGGCCGCAGAUCAAAGACUUUAAGGAGAAGAUUCGCCAGGACGUGGACUCAGUGAUCACAGUAGGCCGAGGGGAAGUGGUCACGGUCCGGGUCCCCACCCACGAGGAGGGCUCCUACCUCUUCUGGGAAUUUGCCACGGAUCACUAUGACAUUGGGUUUGGUGUCUUCUUCGAGUGGACUGAUUCUACCAACGCCUCAGUCAGCGUACAUGUUAGCGAGUCCAGUGACGAAGAUGAGGAUGAGGACGAGCCUCAGAGCGAAGAAGAAAAGGCCAAGAAGGAGGCAGGGAAGCCUCAGGUGGAUGAGAUCGUGCCGGUGUACCGGCGGGACUGCCAUGAGGAGGUGUACGCAGGGAGUCACCAGUACCCCGGCCGUGGCAUCUACCUACUCAAAUUUGACAACUCGUACUCACUCUGGAGGUCGAAAAGUGUCUAUUACAGAGUCUACUACACCAGAUAAGCCUGGGGUCAAGACUGUGGAGCAAGAGUGUGUGUGUGGUGCGUCUCAUGCUGUUCAAGGAUUGGCCUCUGAUGUAUCCGUGCCGCCUCCGUUUUGCACUCUGAAAGGCGUGCUCUAGGAUUCUGUGCUUGUUCAUGGUAUUGUCUUCUGUUCAGAGUGUGAUUUGGGUUUUUUUUUUUUCUCCUUCUCUUUUUUUCUUCCUCAGCCUCCAUGUUCUAACGUCAUCCAAAGAGGUGCUUCGGCCACAGAGAGCUGUUCAGUGAGAUUUACUCGAUAUGUUCAGAUAUAGGGUGUAGGAAGUAUGACUAGAAAAUAGGGACGUUUUGCGUGGGGAAUAAUUAAUUAAUGCUGCUUUCCAGCCCCCCCCCCCCCCCCCCCCCCCCCUUUGUUUUUGUUUUUUUAAACCUGGACCCAGUGCUAUUAUGUCUCACCGUUCUGUGGCAGAAUUCGUUCUGGAACCUGUUUAUUAAAGCUGAAUUGGCCCCAUGGCUGUUUUCGUUUGAAUAUUCAUCGCCUGUAUGAUAUUUUUCAAAAGCAAGCCCAUCAUCUGUUCAUCAGUGAGCUUCUUGUCUUGUCGGUGUCUUUUGCUUCAUGUCGGUGUAUAUUCGUGCUGCAUCGCAGAAAAUGUAAAUAACAUAUAACAUGAUGAUAAAAAAGUCUGUAUCUUGUACAAGUUCGACUCCAGGACAGAAUGUACCGUAGCUGUGCAAAAAAAAGAUUAUUAGUUAAUUAACUGCCGUGUAACACGUUCCCAUGCAGAGAGAAUUGAUUUCCUGGCGAGGGCUUGCACAUUGAGCGUAUUAACAGCAUUCUGUAGAAGCGGGCGUGUCACUAAGUAGUAAUGCAACAGUUCACUUCGAGGAAUAGUGUUUCACUCGAAGCCACGCCUCCUCUUCACUCACUCUUGGUUUAUUUCCUUUUAAGUUAAUUUCUAUUAACUUAAUCACGCCCUGUUGUUUUUUGCUGUUAAUAUACCUCCAUAUAGGCCAAUUUUAAAUAAUAAUAAUGUACAAUUUUAGCAAUGUUUAUCAUCAGUGUAAGUGAAACAGCAGCUGCUUGUAGUGGAACGUAUAAACACGUAUUCUGGCCUUUCCGAAAUAUUGGUCCAGGUGGUUGUAGAAAAACAGCAUUUCCUCUUAGGUGACCACCAGAUGAUCCGCCAGCUGUCCACAUCUGUAAUAGUGCUUCAUGUAUGGGCAUAGAGUACAGGUUUAAUCCAGCAACAUGUGCAACCAGGGGCUACUGGGACAAGAAACCAGGGUUUUUUGGGUUUUUUUGUUCGUUUGUUUUUUUUCUUCCCCCCCCCCCCCCCCCCCCGACUGAGAGAAGACGAGGAGGAGGAUGAAUAUCAGGAUUAACUCUUGCAAAGAAAGAUUUGUUUUGCCGAAAUUAGCUAAAGUGAUUUUGAUUGGACUGUGUGUAAAAGCAUUUUAAUGAAUAUUUAUUAAUCCACCUAGUAGAUUAGGGUCCUUGAUGUCUGUUAUAUUAUACAUAUAACUCCCCUCCCAAUGUUUCUCUCUGACUUCUGCUUCUGAACGAGCUGAGCAGCUCCUCUCAUCUCUCGUUUGUUUGUUCGGGUUCUGAAAGCGCUGACUUCUAUCACUGUAGGUAUAACUGACUGUUCGAAGUCGUCUUGGCAUUUUUGGUCUGUCGCUGUUACAGUUUUACACGCGUAGUUCUAGACAGCCACGUUAAAACGAAAAAUAUUAGUCAAUUCAUGAUCUUGUAUGUUACAUGGACUGCUCAUCUUGAUUAUAAAAUAACCAUCUUUGUGUGCCCCCCCCCCCCCCCCCCCCCCCCCCCCAAAUCGUCCUAUUCGAGUUGCUGCCAGACUAAUUACCAAAAGCUGAAUCUGUGAGCGUGUUGACUGGUUUUUUUUUUUUUUUUUUUGGUUUGUUUUUUUUUCUGCUUUUUACUGGUUGCUGGCAGUUUUGCGGAGCUUUUCCAGCGAGCACUGCUGUGAACUCGACCAUUAAAGGCUUCGUUAUCAUCAGAACAUUUCACUUGGGAUAAACACACUAAAAUAUUCAUCGCUGGUUCUUCGAUGGCAUUACUAAAACAAGUAGAGUUGAAAUGUUUUGGUUCCCCCAAAGUGGUUUACUGUCUCACAAACUUUGAGUAUAUUUAUAUCCUCCCUGUGCGCAGUGCUGUCCAGAGCAGUGAUGACGAGAGCCUGACUCCCCCCGCAAGCAGCAGCAGCUCAGUUUUACGGUCAUUACAGUUAACAGUGAAAUGUGUACAGAUGUUUUCGUUUUUCCGUAAUUCCCCUCCAUGUGUGUGAAUAAUGCCAAGUCAGGCCUUUUGUAAAGUGGAAUGUAACCGAGGGGCUUGAUCUUGGACUAAGGACUUGUGAUGGAAAUGUGGUAAAUAUCAUAUUGUACUUUUUUUUUUUUUUUUCUCCCAUUUGCAAAGUGAAAAUUAAUGUAAGUUUCAUACCGUGAACAAAUGAAGUAACUUGAGGGGUUUUUUUUGCAUUGAUUUUGACAUGAUUGAGUUUAGGGAUGACUUUCCCUGAGAGUUAUAUUUAAUCUUAAUUAAACCCAAGUUCAUCUGUACCUUUCUGACUGUGACUAAUACAUUUGGUGUGUUCUUGCUUUUGGAUGCCAUCCGUGUGUUGCAGGGUGGUUUUUUUUUUUAAAGCACAAAUCAUAUUUACAAAGAUUUACUCAUGGAUACAACCAUUUCUUGUGGCUAUGCCAUCAUUAUUUCUAUAGUAGAUUAACAUUUUUGAAUAAUGUAUGUGGAUUAGAUUGGUGUGUGUGGGUUUUUUUUUUUUCCUCUCUCUUCCCCCUCUCACGGAGCAGAGUACAAGUACAAAGCCGAUGAAAUCCAUUUAGCAUCGAACCCGAGCAAUAUCACAGCAAGUAGCAUUGAGUGUGAAGUGUUCAGAGACUCGAGCAUAGGUGGCAAAAUGUAGUUGUUUUCCUGCCAUGG